AAUAUUAAAUGUUGAAAUAUGUAAAUACAUUUUAAAAUACAUAAUUAAAUCAUUAAAUACAUAUUUAAAUAAUUAAAUGCAUAAUAAAUAAAUAAAUAAAUCAUUCAUUCCAUUUAUUUCCUUCAGAUUUCAUUUUCAGGAUUAUGGUUGUCGGCAGGUAACCAUGAAAAUGAAAUAAAAUGAAAAUGAAUUAUUUAAAUAAACAAUCAAACUAACUAAUAAACAAAUAAAAAGGCCUAAAUAAAUGAUUGAAAGAAAGAAUUAAUUAAUAUUUAUUUAUGCAUUUAGUUAUGUAUUUAGUCAUUUAAUUAUGUAUUUAACGAUUUAUUUAUAUAUUUCAACAUGUAUUUAAUGAUUUAAUCUUAAGUAAUAUGGCCCUCCAUACAAAAAUACAUUGGGUCUUGUUUAUUUUAAAAAGCUGAGUAGAAAAAAAAAAUGCUAUAUAAAAUGAAAUUGACAACAUAUUCCAAUUAAACUAUCAGCUUUAUUAACUUUAUUCGCAAUGAUCACCAUCAGCACCAGAGUCUCCCCUGAAUCUUUCGUGUCGCGCGUGAUGUAAGACUCAGUGGGCGGGGCUCCACAGGUGCGCCUAGGACAGGUUAUCGAAACCUGGAGCGGUUUUGAUGUUGACAAGCGCAGACAGUCACGUGACGUUCAACAAUAGCCAGAUUUUACGGGAUCCUCCCACGAGAAGUUCCUGCUGCCCAGCUACUUUUUAAACAACAGGAAACAAAUCCAUCCAUUGCCAGCAAGUCACUUUUUGUGAUCUCCCUCGCCAUCAUCAUCAUGCGAACUCCAGGGAUUUUUAUUUUUGGGAUGGUGCUCGCGCCGUGCGGCUGGAUCCUGGAGCUGACCAGCACCGUGGCACCAGCCUGGCGAACGAUCAACAACAUCCCGGGAGAACCCAGCGACCUGGUCCUCCAGCAAGGAUUAUGGGACAUCUGCAGGACUUUCACAUCGUCCCGGGAUAUUCAGUGCAACCAGCAGGACACGCAGUACUUCAGCGCCCAGAUCAUCCAGAUCGCCAGAGGUCUGAUGCUGUCGUCGCUCAUUCUCAAUGUCAUUGCCAUCGGCGUGGCAACAGCUGGAGUGCGAUGCUGGACUGAGAAACCGCACUGGACGGUCGCUGGGGUCGGAGGUCUCCUCAUCUUCAUCUCAGGGGUCCUCACCAUCAUCCCAGUGGCGUGGUACACGCACACCAUGACCUCCAUCUUCUCCGCAUCCACCGAUGUUCGUGUGGGAUACUGCCUGGUGCUGGGCUUCAUCGGCGGCAUCAUGGAGGUCCUCGGUGGGCUGGUGAUGUCCAUCGGUUUGUGCCGGCGCUGCAGCGGUCGGAAGCGCGAUGAAAGGCCGAGGCGUGAUCCCGCUCCGCCGCGCAGAGACACGGUGCCCAGCGUCAGCAGCGGCAGCAGCGUCCCCUAUUACUCCAAACAAAGCGAGAUGGACUUCGCUCGGGCCAAGAGACAACAGGACAGCAGACCAGCGACGAGCACUGCUUAUAAAGCACGACCUUACGACACAGAUUUGUGAAAGAACAAACUUUUAAUCUUGUGAACAAACUGCACGCAAGAAGCCUUACGAAAAUCACCACGAUAACCAUCGUUUACCGCGUAAUAUUCGCGAUUGUCGAUCAGAUUAAAUCAGUUAGUUUCUCUUUAUAAUGACAGUACUGUAUACCCUUAAAUAUAUAUUAGAUUCAUUUAGACAUUUAACCUCUUAACUGUCACCCGUCCUCUCAGAGGAAGCCUAAGUUUACUUCGCUAUAUUACAAUUAAAUCCUAAUCUUUACCACUGUUUUUUUUGUUUGUUUGUUUGUUUUUUUGUUGUUGUUGCAAAUUAUGUAGGAACAGUAAUAGAUUAAUUUAUGACAAGAGUGCUCCUCAAAAAUCUACAUCAUAACAGUUUUGACCUUUUGAGUGAAGUAUUUUAUCCUUCUCAUCAUAAUGCUAUAUUUCAGUUGAAAGCUUAAAACCUCAAAAUAAAAUCUGACAUUGCUUUACCUAGGAAAUUCGUUCAUGAAUUAUAACAAUUUAAGUUCAGAUAGUGCACUUUCAUGUCCGUGUUCAAAAUUGGGGGUGACAGUUAAGAGGUUAAUAUAAAAUAUUGUGGAAAAAUAUUUAUUUUGUACACUGAAAAUCUUAAUUUGUUAACUUAGAAAGACUUAUUGCCUCAGAAAAUAAGUUUACUUAGUAUAUUAAAGUUUUCAUAAAAGUGUUUUUUUGAGCAACUUUUUUAAUUAACCAAAUUUUUCUUUGACUAUAAGUUUGCAAAUUUUUUUUUUUGGUUUGUUUUCAGGUUGGCUAAGGUUAACAUUGAAAUUUACAAUGUAAGUGCCUUAUAUUUUACAAUGAAAAAUGCCGUUUUUCUAAGUAAAUCUUAGAGUCACUGUAAAAUUUACAGUGAAAACCGUAAAAGGAAGUGGCCUAAAUUUUAUAUAGUUGUUUACACAUAUUUUUAUUGCAAGUCAUGUGUUUCAAGUUACAUUUUAGGAUGUUUAGUUCAUGUUGAACAUUAUUUUAGUGUGUGUGUAUAGGCCUACUGUUUGUAUAUGUUUUUAUUAGCCGUGGUUCACGGAAAGGCUAUUUUGAUUAACUGUAAUUCAUCAUGUGGCCUUUUGUUUUACCACCUGUAUUAUCAUGGAUGUUAUCGGUCAUGUCAGCUAUAGUAUUUUAGCGGAAACUAUGGUUACCAUCAUAAAUAUUGUACCUGUUAAGGUUUUGAAGUUCUAUUGAAGAGCACUAACACCAUUAGUUUGGUUUUGUACAUUGCACUUUAUAUUGCGAGGCCCUCAUCGUUGUAGUAGCAGUAGGCCUAUACCUUCAAUGUCUUUUUGUAGCCUACUAAUGUGUAAAUAUUUAACUCAUCAGGAACGUCUCGAGUUUGUACAGUUAUACCAAGUACAAAAAGCAAAUACAUUCUUCUGAAGGAGGCUAAUCUUUGAAUGUUUGCAGAAAUGUCUGUCACUGGUGUUUACGAUAGACAGAAUGAUAUGCAGAAUAUCUCUGUGGAAGUUUUUGUGAACGGUGAUGUCGUAAUUGACGUCCACACAUCAAAUUUAGGGCAAAUGAUUGAAGGCUGUUUAUUUUUCUGUAUGUUUAUGAUUGUGAUGGAUGAACGAUGUCCUCAUAUAUUUACCUGCAUUAAUAUAAUAAAAAAUACAUUUACAAACUGUUCAUUUUGAA